ACGGAUGACUAAUCGGUUCGGUGGUAUGAAAAAAUUUUCGGACUGAACUUUUCCCCUUUCAUCGACCAAACCCUAGUUCUUGGUCAUGUUGAUCGUCCCAAUCUCCAUCUCAAAAUUCCUUUGAUUUUUCCCUAUAAAAUCACAAUCAGUUUCAAUUAUUUUUUUCUCCCACGGCCAUGGAAUCGAACUUGAGCCCUAAUUCGGUAGAAGGGGAAUCUAGGAACUGGCUUGAACUCCCUGUAGACGUCACGUCUAUGAUUCUGCAGAAAUUAGGUCCUGUUGAAAUCCUCACCUACGCUCAAUACGUUUGCUCUUCGUGGCGUAAGAUCUGCGAGGACCCUCUCAUGUGGCGCGUCAUUGAUAUGCGAUAUCCCUGUGAUUGGUGGGACAUGGACUACAAUUUGGAGGAGUUGUGCAGGCAGGCUGUUAAACGGAGUUGUGGCCAAUUGAUUCACUUUAACAUUGAGCAUUUUGGUACCGAUGAUUUGCUCCUCUAUAUCACUCAAAGUUGUAAUCAACUUAGUAGACUCCGUCUUGUAUAUUGCAAUCGCAUCUCAGAUGAGGGAUUGGUUGAAGCAGUUUCAAAGCUUCCAUUGUUGGAGGAUCUUGAGUUAUCAUUCUGUUCAUUUGAUGUGGAAACUUUGGAAACUCUUGGUCAGAAUUGUCCUGGUCUGAAAUCUCUGAAACUGAACCGUCAGUUUUACAGGCGGGUGGAAUGUGAUAAAGGAGCCCUUGCUAUUGCUGAAAAUAUGCCUAAUCUACGUCACCUUCAUAUAUUUGGCAACAACCUAACCAAUAAGGGAUUAGAAGCCAUUCUUGAUGGCUGUUCUGCUCUAGAAUCCCUUGAUUUACGCCAUUGUUUUAAUUUGAAUUUGGCAGGACAGUUGGGGGCAAAAUGUUCUGAAAAGAUAAAAGAUCUGCGCUUGCCUCAUGAUCCCACGGAUGAUUGUGAAUUUACAACCGAAAUUGUUGAUGAUGAUGAUACUUACGAUGAUGAUUAUGAUUACCCUUUUGGUUUGUCUGACACUGAUUUGUUGACUGAUGAUGAUGACUACUAUGAGUUCUCAGGGGGCAGCGAUUUCUCUGACUAUACAGACUUAUAUUUUUAUUGAAGAUUCAGUUUUAGAAGCAUAAGGAGAAAGCCCAAACCCUGGACCAAUAUUUACUUGGUACCUCUCUGCCAUGUCAAUGGUAGUUGGUCCAAGGAGCCAACAACUGUUCAACUGCAAGAGAAGAAGUUUGAGAGGCUCUAUUUCCAUAUUAGAGUGAAUACUUUUGUUCUUCACUUCAUUUGAGUAUCUUCAUUUUGUCGUGUUUAUAUACGAUGUAGAUAGUUCUAGUAAGUCUAAGAAACGUCUGGAGAUUUAACUAACCAAGUGGUAUGCUGUAAAGACACUAGUUCAUGUGUUAAAUAUUCAAUGUUUGUCUAUUUUUGCACCGAUCAACUUUAUGCUAUAUCACUUGGAUUUUAAAAUCUUGAUAUAUCUUGCAAUGUAUAGUGGUUCUUUUUAUAAAUUUGUCUUGGAACUCU